AUGCAUGUGGAUACUGCCGGGCUCCCAGGAAGAAGUAGCAGUGCGGCGCCCUUCUGUACAUUCCGUAGCUCCCGCCUCUCAGAAAUGCACCAUGAUGUUGCGGCAUUCCAGCGCACGCUGGACGAAGCAUGGGCUUCUUUCCGAGAGCAGCUUGUGCAGGUCCACUUGGAGUACGUCCAGCACGAUCCAGUUCAUAAGGUGGAUGAAGGCAAAAGCACUGGAGCAGUCAGGCCUCGGCAUCCGACGGUGCAAGAUGAUGUGCCAAGUAUCAAGGGCCCGCCCCAGUCCAUGAUGCCGGAGCUUCUCAUUUCCAGGCCACUUCCACCACCGCAGACUGUAACGGUCGACGGCGACCAGUCCGAAUCAGUGACGAAAGCAGCGGAGACUGCUGAGUUCGUGGACUCGAAGCUGUACCUAGAGUCUGGUGAGGAAGAAGGUCCGACUACUGGAAAUCCAAUGUGUGCUACACUGACAGACCAUACCUCGAGCAGUAUCAAGGAGCACGUCGAGCAGACCUUGCGCAUGCGCCUUGGCACGACCAAAAAGCUGAUUUCAGGCCAAGAGUUGCAUGAUGCCGUCGUGGCACUUGGCCUCACACGCUACUCCGAAAGUGAUGUGAAUGCCAUCGUGAACAAGCUGGCGGCCUUUGUGCGACUGCGAUUUGAGCCGAUUGACAAGAAAAACGCUGCGAAGUUGCAGCACUCCGGCACUUUUUCAAGAAUGAUUGGCUUGCGCAGGGACGGUAGCCUUUCUACUUCUUCGAGGGAGGUGAUGAUCGAUGAGCGAUCCCGCGCGAUAUGGGAGUGGCCACAAGAAGUGGGGUCUGUGGCUGACUUUCUACGCACUAACAUGUCCGAGGGCAUGUCUACACCCCAGCAUAAUUUGGUUCCGUUUCAAGCCUUGGCCAUGGCAUUUGCCAUGGACGGCGACGGAAAGCGCAUCUUCGGCACUUCGGCAGAACUCUUCCGGGCGAUAAAGGAGAUUCUCUUGGCUGGGGAUACCAACCGCUUGGUUGCAGAGUUGACAUUCGUUAGGAUUAACGACCUCGCAGCGCCAACGCAGCCAGUUGACCCGGUUCUGUACAUUGAGCCUUUCGUGGCCUUAUUGAUCGUCUCGAAUGCUUUCAUUCUGGGGGUGCAGACUGAUGUGAAUUGGGAACACUGGCCAGGAUGGCAAUGGAUCGAAGUGGCAUUUACUUUCGCCUUUUGUUUGGAGAUCUUGGUCCGAAUACGACUCGUGGGGCUGCGAACUUAUCUCUCGGGGCCUGAGUCCACAUGGAACUAUUUCGACAUGUUUUUAGUGUUUGCUGGCUUGAUCGACAUCCUGCUGACGGCUGUCAUUGCAGAGUCUGAAGCAGCAGCAAUGCAGCUGUUGCGUGCUUGUCGUCUGGUGAGAUUGACUCGUACAUUUAGGGUCUUCCGCCUCAAAAUGAUCAAGGAGCUCCAACUGAUGAUCAAGGGAUUGGUUGGAGGGCUUCGGACACUUUGCCUUGCCUUUGCUUUGCUCUUCAGCGUGUUGUACGUGAUCGCAGUCUUUGCGACCAUUGCCAUUGGCCGUGCCGACUUGACUCCCCCGCUGGACGACGGCAUCCAAACUCUCUUUGCAACAGUGCCGGACUCGAUCUUCACAGCUUUCCGGUGCUACACGGGCGAGUGCACUGCAGAAGGAGGAGAACCGCUGGCUCCCAUCCUUGCAGCUCGAUUCGGCUUGAUUUUCACCGGGAGCUACAUUGCAUGCUACAUGCUCAUCACCCUGGGUAUUUUCAACGUGAUUCUGGCUGUUUAUGUGGACAUUACCAUGAAGGCGGCCCGAGAGAAUGAGCUGAACGCAGAGCAGCAUGAGCGGGAGUCCAUCAGGGUGGCCAGGCUUACCAGGGAGCUGGUGAAGAAAUUCACCAAAGCUUAUCGCCAAGAGAAGGUGAUGUCCCCAGUCGAGUAUAGUGAAGAUCUGUCGCCUCAUGUGAGUUCGGCCAGACUGGCCGCCAGCCCGGGAUUGGGUGAGGAGGACGAUGAUCACAUUGAGAUCAGCAAGGAGCUCUUUCUGACAGUUGUUCAGGAUCGACAGGUGCAGCGUUUGAUGGAUGACUUGGACCUGCCACCCGAUCGAGCAAACCUCUUCGAGGCGCUGGAUGCGGAUGGCAGCGGCACGCUGCACGUGGCGGAGUUGGUGCAGGGCUUCCUCAAAGUUCGUGGAGAUCUGCGGAAGACAGACACCGUGGCGACACUCUUGGCCACAAAAGCAGUCUUCAGGCUGCUGGAGCACUUGAGUGAAGACAUCGCCGAGCUGCGGCAAGACACGGCAACCUUAGUUGGCAAAGCCGGAGAUGCCACUGCUCCCACCAGGCGUCGUCAGUCCAUUUUCGGGUUUUAA